AUGAAGAUCUUGGCCGCCCGGGACCUGUUCCUCUCGAACUACGAGGUCGAACAACAGCUCCAGGAGCUUAAAAAACGGUACAACUGGACGUUCACCUUGGACGAUGAUAAGAAGACCCGCGACCGCCACCGCAAACGGUUCACCGCGGCGGGGAUCAACUUGGAAGUGGUGACCCGCGAUACCUUGGCCUACUUCCACAAGACCCCCACCAAUAACUACCAGGAUUUCGACCAGUUUAAACUGUUGAUGGAGUACUUGAACACGUUGGACUUGGUUAAAGCGGAGAAACUCCAGAUCGUGAAUCAGUUGCCGCGCCAAUUAGUGCAAUUGUAUACCGUGGUCGAUGAGUACGGGGAGAGAUUUGGCGAGGACCAAGCCCAGGAGAUUUGCGAUAAAAUUAACGAGAUAGUGCCUGAACCGGAAACUGAAGCCGUGGAAGAAGAAGAAGCAGAAGAAGCAGAAGACGGUGAAGCGAUGGAAGUCGACGCCGUUGAAGAAGACGAUUCCGAUGAAGUCGUCGUGGUCAAGGAAGAGACCGCGUAA